AAGGGGCGGGCACGUGGAGCGAGCGCGAGGCGGGGCGCGGCGCGAGAGGGCGGGGCGCGCGUAUCGUCGCCGCGGCCGCGUGACGCGUUUUCAAAUCUUCAACCGCCGCAGCCCACUCGUUUGUGCUUUUUCCCUUUCCUCCUCCGCGCCUUGGAGCCGGACCCGUCCCCGGAAACUCGGCCCGCGGACCCGGCACCGUGAAAACCUCGGCGGACGAAAGGAAAGAGCGGGCCGUCCUGUCAACCGGGCCGGAGAAGCCUUGUUUUCGCGGCCGUCUGACGCCGCACCCGGGCCGGACCCAGCAUGUAGGUGCCGGGCGGCUGCCAUGAACUCCGGAGCCAUGAGGAUCCACAGCAAAGGACAUUUCCAGGGUGGAAUCCAAGUCAAAAAUGAAAAGAAUAGACCAUCUUUGAAAUCUCUGAAAACUGAUAACAGAACAGAAAAAUCCAAAUAUAAGCCACUUUGGGGAAAAGUGUUUUACCUUGACUUACCUUCUGUCACCAUAUCUGAAAAACUGCAAAAGGACAUAAAGGACCUGGGAGGGCGAGUUGAAGAAUUUCUCAGCAAAGAUAUCAGUUAUCUCAUUUCAAAUAAAAAGGAAGCAAAAUUUGCACAAACAUUGGGUCGAAUUUCUCCUAUACCAAGUCCAGAAUCUACAUAUACUGCAGAAACCACUUCACCUCAUCCCAGCCAUGAUGGAAGUUCAUUUAAAUCUCCAGAUUCAGUUUGUUUAAGCAGAGGAAAAUUACUAGUUGAAAAAGCUAUCAAGGAUCAUGAUUUCAUUCCUUCAAAUAGUAUAUUAUCAAAUGCCUUAUCAUGGGGAGUAAAAAUUCUUCAUAUUGAUGACAUUAGAUACUACAUUGAACAAAAGAAAAAAGAGUUGUAUUUACUCAAGAAAUCAAGUACUUCCAUAAGAGAUGUGGGAAAAAGAGUUGGUAUUGGAACACAAAAAACAAGAACAGGAAGACUCAAAAAGCCUUUUGUAAAGGUAGAAGAUAUGAGCCAACUUUAUAGGCCAUUUUAUCUUCAGAUGACAAAUAUACCUUUUAUAAACUACUCGAUUCAGAAGCCCUGCAGUCCAUAUGAUGUAGAUAAGCCAUCUAGUAUCCAAAAGCAAACUCAGGUUAAACUAAGAAUUCAAACGGAUGGCGAUAAAUAUGGUGAGACCCCAAUCCAACUCCAGUUGAAAGAGAAGAAAAAAAAAGGAUAUUGUGAAUGUUGCUUACAGAAAUAUGAAGAUCUCGAAACACACCUUCUUAGUGAGCAACACAGAAACUUUGCACAGAGUAACCAGUAUCAAGUUGUUGAUGAUAUUGUAUCUAAGUUAGUUUUUGAUUUUGUGGAAUAUGAAAGAGACACACCUAAAAAGAAAAGAAUAAAAUACAGUGUUGGAUCCCUUUCUCCUGUUUCUGUAAAUGUCCUGAAAAAGUCUGAACCAAAAGAAAAGCUUGAAUUGCAACAUAUUUCUCAGACAGACUUCAGGGAAAAUUGUGCACAGGUGAUCAAGCAGAAUUUCCUGUAUGAAGAAACCCAGGAACCUGAACAAAAGCUUGAGUUUAUUUCAGAAUCCAUCCCUUGCCUGUCACAAGAAUUGAGAGGACUUAAUGAGAAAAUGAUGGAUGAAUGUUCCAUGUUAAGUGCAGCUGAGAAUGACAUACAGCAGAAUUUUGCACAGCUACCUCCACAUAAAAAUAAUCAGGAAUGUAUUCUUGACAUUUCUGAACAUAAAUUAAUUAUAAAUGAAAAUAACUUAGAAGAACUAAGGGUAGAUCACUGUCCAUUUAAGCUACAAGCAUCUAUAAAAGUUUCUCAUUUCAAUACAGAUAAUAGUGCAUCACAACCAAAACAAAAGUCAGAUACUGCACUUUUUCUAUCAAAAGACAUAAGGGAAAAGGACCUUCAUUCAGUGUUUGGUGAUGCUCCUGGUCUGAUAACAAUAAAUUCAAAAGAACACCUGACAAUAAAGACAAAAACAUCGAAUAGUCCUCCUGAAGAACUCAAUGAAUGUGAUGUCAAGAAUAUGGAUAAUGUACCGUCUAGUAAAAUCCAUCGAAAAGUAAGAAUAUUAUUAGGACGAAAUAAAAAAGAAAAUCUGGAACCAAAUGCUGAAUUAGAUAAGAAAAGAACUGAAUUUCUUAUUACACAAGAAGAAAACAGAACUUAUAGUUCACCAGUACAAUCUCUAAUGGACUUAUUUCAGACAAGUGAAGAGAAAUCAGAGUUUUUAGGUUUCACUAGCUAUACUGAAAAUAGUGGUAUAUGCAAUGUUUUAGAUGUUUGGGAAGAGGAAGGUUCAAAUAGUGUGUUAACGUUUUUCUCUUCUUCAACUUCUACAUUUACUGGCUUUUAGUCUUUAAAAAUGUAUACUUUUUAUAAAGUGAUAAGGAUCAUAUUCUUGAAAUUUUUACAAAUAUAAUUCUUAGGGUUUUUUUUGCCAACUUUGUUUACAGAGCCAAAUGUAAAUUUUAAUACAGAUGAUGUUUGUGAUUUUUUUACAAAAUUGAAUACCUGUUAUAAAAAAUUAUAAAAUAAAUUUGACUCAUUUUACAU